UGUUUCGAAACAAAUGAUUCACAAACGUUUCGAAGCUUCACGAAGCAGUGCCUCGAAAGCGCCCAUCACUGUAACAGCGAUCGUUAAACAUAUGUAUUGAGUGAUUGUACAGUAAAGUGCAGUGUGUGGGGCAGGACCCCCGGCCCGUGGCGUAGGAGGGGGAUUAGCUCAAAUGGUAGAGCGCUCGCUUAGCAUGCGAGAGGUAGCGGGAUCGAUGCCCGCAUCCUCCAAAUCUUUUCAUGCCGCGAAUCAUGAAGGAAUCAAAUGAGAACAUGGAUAGUAAUUCGCAAAACAACUCGCGCUGUAUUAUAUAUUAAAAAGAUAUACAUAGAACCUUGACUCUGAGUAUUAAAACAUGUGAAUAAUCUUAUUUUGAAAUAAUUUCCAAAAAUAUUAAAUCGUAGAAACUCGACGAACAAAAACAACGCAAAUUUAAGAUUGUUUUAUUAUGGUUUUCACGCCUUUUCCUGUUACUACGUCCUUGGAAUCAAACCAACCAAUCUCUACGCACGGAACUGUUGAACGAGCCAAUCAGCUGUCGCUGCGUUGCGCUCUCAGGCCAAUCAGCGGUCAGAACGCUGUUCCUGUGAGUCGAGCUGCUGAUGAGGGUUUGUUUGGGUUUAAAGAGUCGCCUAGUGAUCGCUGAGGAGGAAGGAAUAAACGCAGGUGUGGAGAUGAAGAGCGUCGGCGCCGCGUGAACAUCGGUCCGGUCAUGGAGUUCCGCUUCGGGAGCAUCGUGUUCAGCUCGCGCUUCGACUCGGGGAAUCUGGCCCGCGUGGAGCGGGUGGAUCGAUCCGAACCCGACGGCGAGAGCGGCAGACCGGCCAACGCUUCAGCGCAGCCGCAGCCCGACUACGAGUUCAACGUCUGGACCAAACCGGACUGCGCCAGCACCGAGUUCGAGAAUGGCAACCGGUCGUGGUUUUACUUCAGUGUUCGCGGGACGCUGCCGGGCAAACUGCUGAAGAUCAACAUGAUGAACAUGAACAAACAGAGCAAGCUUUACUCGCAGGGCAUGGCGCCGUUUGUCCGCUCGCUGCCCGUCAGAACGCGCUGGGAGAGAGUCCGCGACAGACCCGCCUUUGAGAUGUCAGACAGUCAGUUCAUCCUGUCGUUUGUUCAUCGUCUGCUGGACGUGCGCGGCGUCACCACCUACUUUUCCUUCUGUUAUCCGUUCUCGUACACGGAGUGUCAGGACAUGAUGCUGCAGCUCGACCACAGGUUCCUGAGCGCCGCACACACGCCGGGGCCCUGCAGUCCGCUGGAGAGUAUCUACUAUCACCGUGAGCUGCUGUGUUACUCUCUGGACGGCCACCGGGUGGAUCUGAUCACGGUUUCGUCGUGUCACGGUUUGCUGGAGGAGAGGGAGCCGCGGCUGGAGCGACUGUUCCCGGACCUCGGCACGCCUCGACCGCACUGCUUCAGCGGCAAACGGGUGUUUUUUCUGAGCAGUCGCGUUCAUCCCGGCGAGACGCCGUCUAGUUUCGUUUUUAACGGUUUCCUGAACUUCAUCUUGGGUCAGGACGACCCGCGCGCUCAGACGCUCCGCAGGAUGUUCGUCUUCAAACUCAUUCCCAUGCUGAACCCCGACGGGGUCGUCAGGGGUCACUACAGGACGGACUCGCGCGGUGUGAAUCUGAACAGACAGUAUGUGAACCCCAGUCCUGACCUGCACCCGUCCAUCUACGGCGCCAAAUCUCUGCUGCUCUACCACCACAUACACAAUCGCCUCAGCAACAGCACGCACUCCGCCCUCAAAACCUCAAACCAAUCGAACACCACUCCUCCUGUGACCACGCCCACUGAGCUAGAGCGCUGUCUCAACCUGCGCAACGAGGCGGAGCGAGGGGAGGGGCCGACCCUUGACCUCUCCGAGAUCCCCAUGCAGCUGGAGGAGAGCUGGGAGAAGGGCGGAGUCGAGAGGGAGGCGGGGCCCUGCGAUGAGAACGAAUCCACGCCGAGCAGAUUCGAAGCGCUGGGUGCGACGAACCCCGCCCCCUCUGAACAGAUCCCGCCCCUAGAAAGCGGCGUGGCCUAUUAUAUAGACCUGCACGGACACGCCUCCAAAAGAGGAUGCUUUAUGUACGGCAACAACCUGCCGGAUGAGAGUCAGCAGGUGGAGAACAUGUUGUAUCCGAAGCUGAUCUCUCUAAACUGUGCUCAUUUUGAUUUCCUGGGCUGUAAUUUCUCCGAGAAGAACAUGUACGCUCGUGACAAACGCGACGGCCAGUCGAAAGAGGGCAGCGGGCGUGUGGCCAUUCACAAAGCCAUCGGCCUGGUCCACAGCUACACACUGGAGUGCAAUUACAACACGGGUCGCUCGGUGAACAGCAUCCCGCCCGCCUGUCACGAUAACGGACGAGCCACGCCCCCUCCGCCGCCCGCCUUCCCGCCCAAAUACACGCCGGAGGUGUACGAGCAGGUGGGGCGCGCGGUGGCCGUCGCGGCGCUGGACAUGGCGGAGUGUAACCCGUGGCCGCGGCUGGUUCUGUCCGAGCACAGCAGCCUGGUGAACCUGCGCGCCUCCAUCCUCAAACACGUGAGGAACAGCAAGGGCCUCGUGUCCAACAACCGCAAAAACGCCGCUAACGCCAACACCAAAUCCAGCAGCCCGCCAAAACCCACGAGUCUGAGCACGUCUGCCUCGGAAAACUCCCUGAACCGUACGCGCAGUAACGGCAACGUUCACGGCGGCCGGCAGACGUCUCCUCAGCUCAAGAGUUCUCCCAGCUUCACCUUCGGCUGCGGCGCGUCCGGCCCCGCCGCGCAGCGGCCCUCACACCGGAGCCUGGGGCCCGUCAGAGAGUGUAAAGCGCAGGAGAAGAGGCGUCCGCAUCAUCUGCACCAGCGGCUCUCCCUGCGCCAGCAGCCGGCUCCCGCGCGGCCCCCUCUCUCGCCGUCCUCCUCCUCGUCCUCCUCCCCGUCCUCCUCGUCCUCUGGGGCCCCGGGCCCCUGCUCCAUCACUAUGGCAGGCAACAGCUGCCCUGAGUUCCGCCCCGCCGGACAGAUUAAAGAGAUUCAAACGCGUGGUGGGCGGGGCAAGUCAGCCGGAGGCCCCGCCCACUCUCCCUCUCCCCAGCCGAGGACGGCGCUGCUGUCUCAGGAGCCGCUGCGGGAAUCCCUGGACAUCCUGACGUCUGUCGAGUACAGCAGAUGCGAGCUGCAGCCUCGGCCCAGCCGUAUCCCGGUGCGGAGAGACAUUCAGUCCGCCGGCCUUCCUCCCGCCGCAUCCGAGACGCCCACCAUGAGAGUGUGGAAACUCAUCAAACCCGGCAUCAAGAAACACCUGGCGGGUGUGUCUGGGAAAGACGGAUCUUCUCUGCGUCUGGCCACUAAAGCUCUGCUGAAGAGCUCGUCCUGUAGUUAUGAGAGCUCUGGAGACAAACACGCACACAGAUCCCUGCACACCUGAGAAACGCGAACGGAUCUGCUCAUCUACACGCACACACGCUCAUGUUAGAGGAACACUUCAGCCAGAAAUGGACAUUUGCUGAAAAUGUGCUCACUCUCAGUUCAUCACAGAUUGGGCUGAGUUUGUUUGUUCAUCAGAAAUGUGUCAUUCUAUCACUGUCUCACCAACGGAUCCUCUGCAGUGAAUGGGGGCCGUCAGAAUGAGAGUCCAAACAGCUGAUAAAAACAUCACAAUAAUGUAAUCCACACCGCUCCAGUCCAUCAGUUCACAUCUUGGGAAGCUCAAACAAAUCCAGUGAGAUGUUUUUAAUCCAUAAUGUUGCUUCCUCCAGUGAAAAAGUCCAUCUCCUGUUGUCUCUCACAUCAAAAUCCAGCCACAUGUUUGUUUAGAGCUGUUUUGGCUUGUAAACGGUCUGUGCAGAUUUCUCUCCUGAUUCAGACCAGACCAGUUUUUCACAGGAGGAAGUGUUAUUAUGGAUUAUGGACUCAUAUUUUAGGUAAAAACGUCUUAAUGUCGGUGCCGAUAGCCUUGUGGGCAGGGUGCCAGCAUGUGGUGCAGUUGCGCUUUGGGUGUCCUGAGUUCGAAUCCCACCUCAUGAACCUUUUCCGAUCUCACCCCCCCCCUCCCAAAUCUCUACUGUCCUAUCCAGAAAAAUGCAGAAAUGCCAAAAAAUGAUGGAUUUGUUUCAUCUUUUAUCUUCUCAAGAUGUGAACUGAGGGUCUGGAGUGGUGUGGAUUACUGUGAUGUUUUUAUCAGCUGUUUGGACACUCACUCUGACGGCACCCAUUCACUGCAGAGGAUCCAUUGGUGAGACAGUGAUGGAAUGACACAUUUCUACAAAUCUGAUGAAGAAACAAACUCACAGUAAUCUGUGACGAGCACAUUUUCAGCUAAUGUUCAUUGUUGUCUAACUGCUCUAUGUGAGUGAAGUGAUGUGUUUGAAUCGUCGGUGGUUUCCGGUGUUCAGCAGUGCUGCGUCUGCUUUCGUUGUCCACGAGCACAAGAGCAGGAGUUUAAUAUCUACAGACACAACAUGCGCCGGAACACGGGUCACCAGAGCCAUCAUCACUCACAACCACACUAAACCCGCACUACAGCACCUCCACUAAUGAGCAUGGUGUUUUUACAGAAACUCUUUUAAAUGUGUGGUGUAUUUUGUCAUUUAAAAUGAUGUGAAGCUGUUUAUUUGAUCAGGAUUGUGGUGCUUAUUACAGACCCAGCUCAGUGUGAGAUACGGAGACAAACCAGUCUGAGUCUGUUCAUGGUGAAUUAGAUGCCGUUUCUCUGUGCAAUUAAGAAGCAAUAAAUGUCCACA